ACGUACCCCAAUCUAGAAUUUUCAUUCUUCUUCUACCUCCUCAAAUUACAUCUUAUUGCUGAUUGUCUCUCCAAUUAGGUGGGGGACCCAAGCUGUAUGACUUUCACUAGGGUUUUUGUCUUUACAUGAAAUUGAGCUGACUUAGGGUUUUCGAUUAAAGUUAUCAUAUAUAUACAUAUAGUAAUGGAGAAAGAAGAUAACUACACGACCCCUCCUUUACCGCCAAGUUUUAUGGGCCUGGAUUACUCUCUAGAUCAUCAUCAACAACAACAACAACAACAACAACAACAAUUCAUGAAGCAGCGGAUCGGUAAAACAUCAGGAGAUAACAACAGUACUGGGAUGGUUGACUACAUGCUUAACAAUCCUUCUCAACAGCAACAACAGCAAAUGGCUUCUGGGUUUUGUGGUUCGAGUUCUUUUGAUAAAUUGAACUUUGCUGAUGUGAUGCAGUUUGCAGACUUUGGACCAAAGUUGGCCUUAAACCAAACCAAGAUUUCCGAAGAGGAAUCUGGGAUCGACCCAGUUUACUUCCUGAAGUUUCCAGUGUUGAAUGAUAGGUUGGAAGAUCAAUCUCUAAUGGUUCCACAUAAUGAAGAGAGGUUCCAAGGGGUGAGUGUGGAAGAUGAGACAAGAUUGAGAGAGGAUGAGGAAGCUCGGGUUUCUGAUAAUACCUCGGUGCAGCUCCAGUUUAUUGGUGAAGAACUCCAAAAGAACUCUGUACCAGAAGCAAAGAACAAGAGGAAAAGACCAAGAACUAUCAAGACGAGUGAGGAAGUGGAGAGCCAGCGAAUGACUCACAUAGCAGUUGAAAGAAACAGAAGGAAGCAAAUGAAUGAACAUCUUCGUGUCUUGAGGUCCCUCAUGCCUGGCUCAUACGUUCAAAGGGGGGAUCAAGCUUCUAUCAUUGGGGGAGCCAUUGAGUUUGUGAGGGAAUUGGAACAACUUCUCCAAUGCCUAGAAUCACAGAAGCGGCGAAGACUCUAUGGAGAAACUCCACGACCGGUGGGAGCUGAUUCCUCUCUUGCAAUCCAACAGCCUCAACCACCAUUAUUUCCUCCGAUGCCUCUACCAAAUGAUGAAUUCAAGAUUGUAGACUUGGAGACCGGACUCCAAGAGGAGACAGCUGAGAACAAGUCCUGCUUGGCUGAUGUUGAAGUGAAGCUUUUAGGGUUUGAUGCCAUGAUUAAAAUUCUUUCUAGGAGAAGGCCAGGGCAGCUUAUUAAGGCCAUUGCUGCACUUGAAGAUUUGCAACUUAAUAUCCUUCACACUAACAUUACCACCAUCGAGCAAACUGUUCUCUAUUCGUUUAAUGUCAAGGUUGCUAGUGAAUCUAGGUUCACCGCUGAAGAUAUAGCGAGCUCAGUUCAGCAGAUAUUCAGUUUUAUCCAUCAAACAGUGCCAUGUGAUGUAAUCUAGUAGGAGAAAGAUGAGCUGUUGUUUUUCUUCAAAUAUACCUAUUUGGUCUUGUCACUACCUUUUUCGUUUGAGUCUCUAUUAUUUCUAUUGUUGAAACAAAAAUGUACUACUAUGGUGUAGGUUAUA